AUGGCUGGUACAAAAUUCAAGGAAUUUAAAGCCAUUUCUUAUAGAACUCAACUUGUAGCUGGUACAAAUUACUUUGUGAAGGUUUGUAUUUGGUAUUUGUAGAGGUCUCAUGCGGUAAAUACUGUUACAGAAUAGCUUUGAAUGGUCAAAAUAACAGUCUCCCCUCCUCUUGAGAUUGUAGUUCGUCACUAAAUUUCAUAGAGAUGGCCAAGCGAUAUAAGUCUCUUCGAGGCUGUAGAACAUCUACUUAUAUAUCUCUCAAUAAAAAUGGAAUCCAGUUAAUUUCAUUAAACAUAGUUAGUGUGCGCGUUGUUCUUUCAGAGUCCAAUAUGAUGCGUGCAACUCUCUUCUGCAUCUGUAAGACUCUUUCUAGCAAUUUCUUACUGCAAGAUGACCAAAUUGGACUGAGGUACAACAUGACUGGCUCUAUAACAGCCAGACAAAAAAUUAACCUGUGCCUUUGCUUGAGAUAAGGACUAAUAUGCCUCAAAAUUCCAAGUCGUUUUGACAGUUUCUUCCAUAAAUCAACCAUGUAUGCUUCAAAGCUAAGAUCUUUAUCAAUGAUUAAACCAGAGACAACUGCUGUCAUGCAGGUUAAGCUCAGCCAGGAUUUGAAACUUUACUACCUUAUUGAUAAUUUGAAGUAGUAACCUUGUAUCAUCUCCUUGUGAGGAUAACCUCUGUUUUAUUUCUCAGGUGCAUGUGGGUGACUCUUCCUAUGUUCAUUUGCGCAUAGAGCAAAGUUUACCACAGGAUGGAUCAAAAGUUGAGUUAAUAGCCAUCAGGACUGGAAUGUCGGAUGAUGACAGCUUGGAUUACUUUGGAGCUGAUGGAAAAAAAUAG